AUGUUCCACACAUUUGAAGGAUUUGAGAACCCGGAGCCAGCGUCACAAACUCGGGGACGUACCGAGCGGCAGCCGUCGGUCGGUCGCCGGGUGACGACUCUUCGUGCCUGCACGUCCUGCAGACAUCGCAAGAUCAAAUGCGAUGGAGAAAGGCCUUGCGAGGCCUGCAGAUGGUACAAGAAGGCUGACCACUGCCACUAUUCAGACCCUCGUCCGUCCCGUAGGCAUGUGGAGAAGCUCUCUACGACUCUAGAUGAAUAUCGAAACGUGUUCGAGAGACUGUUCCCGAGCACCACCCCCGAUGCCUUGCUCAACUUGCCUCGCGAGAAAUUGCUUGAGCUAACAGCCAAGGGCUUCUCUCUGCCCCAAGGGCAGGCACAUCAUCCGGCCUCGCCGGCUAACUCGGGGUCUAUCGAAUCCCACGUAUCUCCAAUAUCCAACGAAAAUGGGAACCUGGAAUCUCUACAGACCGUGCCAGAUGAGUCGGGCGAUAAUCGGAGUCAGAACAGCAGCGAAACGGCCAAUGGGAUUUCUGACGAUGUUAACGCUCUGUCCCUCUCGGCCAAACAACCCUCGUCCUAUCUGGGGAUUUCCUCCAUACACGCUGUGCUCAAAGUGAUUGUCUGGCUCGACCCAGGCUCAGUUUCAUAUCUAUCCCGCCAGUCUGCUUCUGGGCCGUCCCGAGACUCGGUUGUGGAUUAUUCAACAAGAGACACCCAACCCUGGCAGGUUCAAGGGGUUACGCAAGCCCCUAGUCCGACCCACAAUCACAUGCCAACCACCGACAUGCAAUUACUCGAUGCAUAUUUUACUUACUUCCAACCCUUCGUACCAAUGAUCGAUGAACAUGCCUUCCGGGAGACCUACCUUUCUGGGCACAGAAAAGAUGACCGCUGGCUGGCUCUUCUGAACAUCGUCUUUGCCCUCGGCAGUAUUGCGGCAUGUCCGGCCGACGAUGCUUCCCACGAGACAUACUACACGCGCUGCAAGGGCCACCUUGGCUUAGAUUCCCUCGGCUCCUCCCACUUGGAGACCAUACAGACGCUCGGCCUUCUGGGAGGCUACUACCUGCAUUACACCAGCCAACCGAAUCUGGCGUACUCCCUCAUGGGGGCUGCACUGCGGAUGGCUGCCGCUCUUGGACUGCACAAGGAAUUCUCGGAAGGCCAGAAUGAUAGCAAUAAGAACAGACUUUCUUCGGUAGAUCUCAAGCGUCGGAUAUGGUGGUCGCUCUUUUGCUUGGACACGUGGGGUGCGAUGACAUUGGGGAGGCCCAGUAUGGGUCGAUUAGGUCCAACUAUCACCGUGAAGCUGCCCAGCAAUCGGGAGAUGGGCAAUGUACUUGAUAUCCUCCCGCUCCUGGAAAACGUCAGAUUCUGCCAGAUCGCCACUCAGAUCCAAGAGAUUCUGGCGGUAGCGCCUUUGACCAAACACCACGAGAUCUCCCACUUUGACGGUCAACUGCUCGAGUGGUACGACAAUCUUCCGAGCAUCCUCAAAGACCACGAGCCAUGCUCCGAAUCCAUGUCCACCACUCGGACGGUGAUGAAAUGGCGCUAUCUAAACCAGCGAAUGCUCCUCUAUCGCCCGACACUCUUGAGCUACGCCAUGCGUCGCGUGCCGUAUAUUGCGCUCCGCUCCGAGGAGCGGACAGCGAUUGAGAGGUGCCGCGCGAUUGCCGAGGUCACGAUCCACGACAUCGCCUCCACAGCGCAGUCCCACCAGAUGUCGGGAUGGAACGCCGUGUGGCUCUUGUUCCAGGCGACGAUGGUGCCGUUGGUGGGCCUAUUCUUGAACGACAAUACCACAUGUGACUCGCGGGCCACCAACGAAGCAUGCCUGGCGCAAGUCGAGCUGGCGAUACUCACCCUCGCACGCCUGCAGGCCUGGAGCCCUACCGCAAAGAAGACAUUAGAUGCCGUUUCGCGGAUUGUUGAGGCCAGUAAACGAGGGCCCGACAUGGCGGACGACGCGAGUAUGAGCCACGAAAGCAUUCCCGGACCGGCACCGGGCAUUCUUCCCUCGCAGAACGAGUAUAACCGCGUGACGAUCGCGAAUGAGGGCGGAUUCUCCGAUCCGUUUGCCGGUCCGUUCCUAGAUGACUCGACCGGCCAGUAUCUGUGGGAUUUCCUGAGCUGGGGUGACAGUAGCUUGAUGCCGGGCGUGGACAACGCCAACGAGGCUAUGCUGCUUAGCCAGGACGAUAAGGGCAUGAAGUAUGGGCCCAACGCUUCGGGUUUCUUUGGCGGGCCUGUCACUGCUGAGUCGGCUUAUUUUGCCAACCCUGUAUCCUUCUAUGGAUGA